AUGGCCGCCUGCAUAUUCUGCAAGAUAAUCAAGGGAGAAAUCCCGUCCCUGAAGAUCUUCGAGUCAGACAAGACGCUCGCCUUCCUCGACAUCGGGCCGCUAAGCAAAGGGCACUCCCUGAUCAUCCCCAAACACCACGGCGCCAAGCUGCACGACAUCCCCGACGACCAGCUGUCCGAAGUGCUGUCCGUGACGAAGAAAAUCGCCAUCGCGCAGGGCGUCGAGGACUACAACAUCCUGCAGAAUAACGGGCGCAUUGCGCAUCAGGAGGUCGAUCAUGUGCACUUCCACUUGAUCCCGAAGCCGAACAAGCAGGAGGGGCUGGGUGUUGAGUGGCCGACGCAGAAGGCGGAUCCGGCGGAACUGAAGAAGCUGCUCGAGGAGAUCAAGAGUAAGAUGUAG